AUGUCGGCGAGUAAUGUUCUGAUAUAUUUUGUCCGCCGGGAUCUGAGGGUCUCAGACAACCCAAUCCUCCAUCACCUCGCUUCGUCCUCCGAUCAUGGCUUUACACAUAUCCUGCCGGUCUACGUGUUCGUGUCUAAUCAGAUAGAGGUAUCAGGGUUCAUCAAAGAUGGCAGCAAGUCCCCAUAUCCAGAAGCCAAGAGCCAAGUUGCCGGGUUCUGGAGAUGCGGUCCACACAGGGCUAAAAUCAUUGCUGCCUCCGUGUGGGAUAUGAAAGAGUCUUUGCAGAGUUUGGGCAGCGAUCUGAUCAUUCGCGUUGGUCAAUAUGACGAUACGCUAAAGUCCCUCUUGGAAGGCUUCAAAGAAAAAGAUCAAAAUGUCGGAGCUGUAUGGAUAACGUCCGAUGAGGGUGUCGAAGAAAGGCGUGACGAACGAAAGCUGGCAUCCAUAUGUUCUAGUUCCGGUGUCGACUUUAAAGCGUGGGUGGAUGAGAAGUACUUCAUUGAUGAUCGAGAUUUGAAGCUUGCUUCCCCCCAGGAGCUUCCAGAUGUUUUCACAACCUACCGCAAGAUGAUGGAGCCACUCCGAGAAAGACCUAGGGCUGCCCUUCCAAGGCCAUCCAAGUCUUCUCUACCCCAACUUCCUUCAACGUCAAGCAUCUCACCACAAGCACGACCCUUUGAAAUUUCCGCGACACUCGAGGAUCUUAAAGAAGCUGUUCUAAGUCCGAUCAAGACGAUUUUGUCAGAUGCGCCCCCAUUUCCUGAGGAUGCCGUAUCGGCUCAUCCCUUUGAAGGGGGUGAAACACGUGCUCGGACACGUCUUGACACGAUCAUCAACAACGGUACCGUGUACAGCUAUAAGAGUUCUCGUAAUGGUCUGAUCGGGGCCGGUUUUAGCACGAAGUUGUCAGCAUACCUCGCACUCGGUUCCAUUACGGCACGCCAGGUACAUGACGCUUUACUGAGAUACGAGGAUGGUACAGAUGAGGCAUAUAAGGAAGCUCCAGGUUAUGGUGAGGGUGAAAAUGAGGGUUCAAAGGGUGUUCGAUUCGAGCUCUUGUGGCGCGAUUAUAUGAGGCUUUGUACGAGGAAGUUCACCUACAGGUUGUUCCGCCGCGAAGGAUUUCGGGAUGAUAGCAGUAUCAAGUGGAAGUCACCUAAGAAGGAAGAAGCCCCCACUGACGACUCGCAAUCGGAAGAGAUUGACAGGAUACUGGCCCGCAUAUUCGCUGGAACAACGGGCAUGGGGCUCAUUGAUGCGUCCCAACGCGAGCUGCUGCAUACGGGGUACACUUCAAAUCGAGCUCGUCAAAACGUUGCCAGUUUCUUAGCCAAACACCUUGGCAUAGACUGGCGUUACGGCGCCGAGUGGUAUGAGAUGAUACUCGUCGAUUAUGAUGUUUCUUCCAACUGGUCGAAUUGGCAGUACGUGUCUGGCGUUGGUAACGAUCCCCGGGGAGAAGCCCGAAUUUUCAACCCAGUCAAGCAAGCUUUCGACUACGACAAGGAGGGCGAAUACGUCAAGAUGUGGGUGCCAGAACUUCGGGCCGUCGAAAAGCUCGAGAAUAUCUUCCAAGCCUGUACCACGCCGAAGGAGGACUGGGAACGCUUUGGCCUUACAGGCCUCGCUAUGGUAGAGGACCCUAUUAAGCGGAUUGAUUUCUCCGUCGAAGGAAAACCUAACAAACAUGUCAAACGACCGUUUGACCGACGCCGGAAGGAUGGAAGAAUCCGUAGCAGCGCAAAUCUAUCAAAUCAUCACGUCGCCAACGGGAAUGCGCAAGAGAACAGCUACGCUGGCGGUGAGCAGAGAGGCCAAUACCCCCAGUUCGAUGCCCCGAGGUAUCCGCGCGGUGAUUUCAGAGGAGGCCGAGGGGGUGGGCGCGGUGGUCCCCGAGGUGGUUAUCGAGGACGAGGUUAUGGUCCGCCAAGGGGUGGAGGAUAUCGAGGCGGACGGGGUAACUUUCAGGCCUAUGGAACUGUUCCAGGUGGUUUUGGGGCAUGGCCUCCAACGCAACAGUCAGGUGUAUAG